AUGAACAGAAUACUGCAAACCGUUCUUGUGACGUUCCAAGUGGCAUGCUGCGUCCUUGCAGCGAAUAUCAGACAAGCACCGGCGUUGCACCCUCCUGUAAAAGCUGGAAGAAACAAUGAUCCUCUGAACGCGCGCCAUUGUAUUGAAGAAUGGGCAAGUGGAGAAACUGAAAUUGGGUUUAACUUUCCCCAAGCGAAGCAAAUCUUAGGAGUCACUUUGGACAAUAUCCGGAACAGGAUGCAGUGUAUUCGUGACACCACGUACGGCGUGACAGGAAAUACUGUGUGGGUCAGCAACGGGUGUCAAGCCGAGGUCACCAUAUGCUAUGAAGUCUCCCCCGGUCCAAUUGUGCCACGAGUAAAUGACCCUGCGUUCAAGGUGGAAGCGUUCCCUGGCACUGCAAGUCCAUUGCCGGCUGUACCCGCUCCUGCCAUGACCGAGCCUGGUAUGUACAGCUGCACGUGUUCCUAA